AUGUCCACAACGCUUCCAAAUGGGCCUGCUAGCGUUGCGAAGGCCAUUAAGAAUACGUCACCAAGCGUACCUGCGUCUAUGACUUACCUGGCAGCAUCUGGUUCAGACAAGCUGUUGCAGGAGGCCCUAGAAAACGCCACAAGGGCUUCCCUGAUUUCUCAAAUGGCUACUAUCGUCUCAGAGGCUAUGAAUUCAAUAGCUAAUGCGUUAAGUAACAGCGAUUCGAUUGAAUCUGUAGUUUUUUUACUAAAAAGAGAAGUCGAAAUGCUGGCAGCGAUAUCAUGCCUCACUUUCUCCCUGAACAAGUCGGUGUACGAAAUAAUGUCCGCCUUCGAACAUGAUCGUUUAGCCAAGGUUAAAACUGUUCCACCGUGCAUGGCAGAUUCAAGCGAUUCAACGACUUCUGCAGCUAAAUCAGGUCAAGAGUCAUCAGGAGGUCAGUCGAAAUCUUUACCGCCGAAAUCGCUGCCUUGA